AUGGGUAUCCAGAGCAACCCAACCCUUGGCGGUUCGCAGCGAUAUGUAGACCGAAUGUCUCAAUUGCUUUCAUCGGGCUCACCGGAGCCAAACAUUAGUGGGAGCCCGCCCACGUCAAUCGCCGGCUCUGUAGACUAUGACUGCCAUUUUCAGCAGACCGACGAAUCCGAUGACGAACGCAAGGCUACACCAGUGAAUGAAUUCAGCGAUGAGGAGGAGACUCAGGAACAACGCACCGAGAAACCUGAGAGCGUGAACUGGGACAGAACCAGAUCUAUAAAAUCCUUGAACCCUGAGUACCCCACAGAAUGCAUGUUGAAUAUGAUCGAAUGUAUGGCAGAGUUGGAUGUACGGGUGCAAUCCAAUGCAGACUCACUCACAGGCCAGAUCCUAUGGAAUCGGGAAAUGCAGCAAAGGUUUGCAGACAAGACGGGCGCUGUAGACGCGUUGAAAAAAGAAGUGACCGCAUUGAGGAAACAAGUGGAGGUUUUGUCGAGCAGGGACGCAGUCAAGAAUCGAGAGUCCGUGGGUUCUAAGCGUCAAAAGCAGUGA